ACUGAACUGAUCAAAGACUUUGUUAUUUUCACUAGUGACACAAUGGAGGGACGAUUUCUACUGCAGAUACUCUUGCUGAUCUCACUGCGGAGCUACACAACAAAGCAAGCUCGUCUGACAGUGAAUUUAAACAGGACUCAGCUGUUUGCUGAUGAGUUUGUGUCUCUCAGCUGUAAGGAUGACAACAGCUCUGCUGGAUGGACUCUGAGAAGGAACACAACUACAGAGACAAGAACAAAGUGUGGAUCUGGAUUUGGAAAACCAGCUGGUUUUUCGUGUGACAUAAUCUACUUUGACCGACUCGACAGUGGAGUUUACUGGUGUGAGUCCAGAGAGGGUCCCAUCAGUAACAUGAUUAACCUGACAGUCGCUGAUAAAUCAGUGAUCCUGCAGAGUCCUGUGCUCCCUGUGAUGGAGGGAGAUGACGUCACUCUGCUCUGUAAAACAAAGACCACUCCCUCCAACCUCCCAGCUGCUUUCUAUAAAGAUGGCGUCUUCAUCGGGAAAGGGCCUACAGGUCACAUGACCAUCCAGCAUGUUUCCAGAUCUGAUGAAGGCCUCUACAAGUGUGACAUCAGCGGUCAUGGAGAGUCUCCAUCCAGCUGGAUCACUGUCAUAGAAAAACCCACCACCAUACUUCCGCCAACAUCCACCUCCAUCACUCUUCCUCCAUCACUCUCUCCUCCUGUUCUCUCUGUCUUGUCAUGUGUUGGAUCAGUCUGUUUUGUUGUUCUACUGGUGUUACUGGUUCUGCUGGUAAGACGAUGUGUUCACAGGAAACCUGAAGUCUGUGCUGUGAUGCUGAGAUGACGUGUUCACGGAAACCUCAAAGGUAAACAUGUAGGAGCUGGAUAAAACGACAUCACCAGUCACAUUAAGCAUGUUCACUGUCUAUAAGGACAUUUUUUGUCAAUAAUAUUAUUAUUACAAUUUUUACACAAAUCCACAACUACACAAUCACCCCCAACUGUCAAUGGAGAAUUGUAUUUAGUAGUCAGUAUAAGCUUUUAAUGAUAUACGUUUGCAUAUGAUACAAUACUGCAUGAUGAUCUUUUGAUGACUUAGACUGUUGUUCACUACAAGACUUGUUCUGUUCUGUUUUGUAAGUUUCUUCCCACAGCGAUAAUAAGAGCUGAACAAGUGGUUUCACUCCCUACCAGGAAGAGAGCUGAACACUCUUAUCUUCACUCCCUAACAAGAAGAGGGGCCACGUCCUUCAGAAUCACACACACACACACAUACACCUAACAUACGCACAUACAUACGCACCAACAUUCCUCUGUCUAUGAACAGACAUAUUCACUAUUGUAUUACUUUUGUAUAUAAAUAAAUAUAGAAGAAGAACAGAGCGCACAUCACAGGGCCCCCACUCUUUUGUGAGAAAUCUCUUGACACCAACAAAACCCCAUUUACCACACUAAACCAAAAGUUGCAGUCUGUUUUCCAUUUACACUAGUUGGAAAGGUUUUUUGCAUUUGCAAUGUGAAUAAACCUCUGAUCUCUAAAGGAAACUGAUGGGAGAUUUGCAUUAGACCGACUGGCACUGGCUCUGCAUUCACUGCUCUGAUAUGAAUUACCGGCUGUGCUUUGUGUGGAAACAUUAGCAAUCAAAAGCGCACUCCCAUUUAUCAUUGUAAAAGAUUAAUUUUCUCUUAUUAGCAAACAUGUGUUGUAGAAAACAUAACUCCUUUAGUGUUAGCAGUGAAAGCUUUGAUGAAGGGAGAGGAACUUCUGCCAUGUCAAGUUUAAUAAAAUGAUAAAAUAAAAAUGAAUGCCUAACCCUGACCCUUACCCUAAACCUAACCAUAACGUAAUUGUAACCAUCCAUCCAUCCAUCCUC